AUGAAUUUAAGCAUCUUUUCGUCCGCCCGUCUCGCAUCACUAGACGCACAGAUGCAGAAUGCCAUCCCGUGGACGAGCAAAAGGGGAUCCCCGGACCCAGCGCCGACGAAAGACUCGGUCCUGUUUCUGCGAGUGCGUGCGGCCGCGGACUAUUUCAGCCCGGACGAGGCGUUGAUGCGGGACGUGCCGCCAGUGACGGUGGACCUGAUUUUGGACCCGUUCUUGUGGAAUGUUUUUCCGCGAUCGCUGCUUCCUACUGCGGGCUGGAUUGGUGUCGUGUCGGUUGUUGCCAUUGUCGUUGCUAGGUGGGUGGCGAAGGAGCUUGGGAGGGUAGUCAAUGAUGCGAAAGCGGAGCGAGCUUUACAGGAAGCGAAAAAGGGGAAGUGA